GGAACUGCCAGGUGUGAUCUGUUUGGAAGAAGAAAUUGAUCCCAUUCUUUGAAUUCUGGUGCCAGCUGAAAUUGCCCAGGACUAAAAAGCAGAGAAAUGGAUUUUUCCUGAUUUCCCUCCCAGUGAGCUCACCCAAGGGAGAAGACUGCAAAGUGCUUUUGGAAAUUGCUGCUAGCAAAGAGAAAAUGUGUUCAGAGCACAAGGAGAUGAACAGCUUAAAAAUUCUUGUUAUCAUCCUCUGACUUAGCAAUUCCUGGGUAUAAGCCCAAUAGCACUCUAUACAUAGGAAACCAAAGGACAUGUACUAGAAUGUUCACAGAUUACUAUUUAUAAUAACUCAGUGGGAAGCCACCCAAAAUGCCUAUCAGUGGUAGAAUGAGUAAAGUGAGAUAUAUUCACACAAGAAAUACAUACACAGCAAUGAAAGAAAAAAAAGGAAUCACAAUUACAGCAAUGAGGCUGAAUCUCAAAAAGUACUGAGCAGAAGUCAGACACAAACAAAUAUAUACUUUAUGAUUCCAUUUGUAUAAAUUUCAAACACAGGUCACUUGUGUUGAUGAUGGAAGAAGUUAGUAGCUUUGAGGGGCCCAAGCGGGGACAAGUCAUGUUUUGUUUCUUGAUCUGGGUGCUGGUUACAUGGGUGUAAUUAUUGUGGAAAAAUCAGUUGAGUUGUGUCUUUUUGGAGCACUUUUGUGUGUGUGUGUGUGUGUGUGUGUGUGUGUGUGUGUAUAAAAUGCUUCAAAAAUGCCUUCAAAGUUGUAUACAUUGCUUGGAUAGUUGACAUCAAUGAGAUAUAACUGUUCUUUAAGAAGAAAGGGGGAUAGAAAGCUCACUGUUUUGGUCUUAGCUCAUACUGUCCAAUUGUUAAGAAUACCGUGUCUGUGUCAUGUUGUUGAAGUUGCUGGCCAGCUUGGUGGAUGAAGCCAACUGACCCAGUUGGACCAUGUGGUGAAAUGGAAAGGCAGGACACUGGACAGGAGCUGCCCCCACGCUCCAUCAGUUCACGGCAUAGCCCAGUCACUAAGUCUCAAUUCCCAUGUCUGCGAAAUGAGCAGAUGCAGUGAUCUGUUGCCCAGAUCCCACCUUCAAGAUUAAGGCCCUGGGGCCCACAUGCUCUGGACAUUCCGUGUAAACUGAAUGCUACAAUAUGUGACCCUUCUUAUCUGGCUUCUUUCACUCAGCAUGACGUUGUCAAGGUUCAUCAGUGCUGUACCAGACUCCUAGCCAUGAAAUCCAUCUGGAUGAUGUCAGCUCCCAGCAUGAGUUGACCUCUGUGUGGAUGAAGAAAAGGAGCAAGACAUGGCUGGGUCCAUGAUGGAUAUGCUAUUUGGCAAAAAUAUGAAAGAAUACAAGGAAGCCGUGACUGCCAAAGUGAGAGGCAACAUUCCAUUGUGGCUACAAGGAAGGCUGUUGCGCAAUGGGCCUGGGAUGCAUACAGUGGGUGAGACCAGAUACAGCCACUGGUUUGAUGGCCUGGCCCUGCUCCACUGCUUUUCAGUCAAAUCCGGUAAUGUCUACUACUUCAACAGGUACCUGGAGAGCAAUACCUACAAGGCCAACAUCAAGGCAAACAGGAUCGUGGUGUCAGAGUUUGGAACAAUGGCCUAUCCAGAUCCUAGCACAAGUGUAUUUUCCAAAGCUUUCUCCUACCUGUCCCACACUAUCCCUGAUUUCACAGAUAACUGCCUGAUUAACAUCAUGAAGUGUGGAAAAUACUGCUAUGCGCUCACGGAGACCAAUUACAUCUGGAAAAUUGAUCUACUGAAUCUGCAGGUCUGCGAGAAGAUUGAUUAUCGUAAAUACGUGGGUGUGAACGUGGCCACAGCGCAUCCUCAUUAUGAUGAGGCUGGAAAUGUUAUCAACAUAGGCACAUCCAUCAUGAACAAGGGGAAGACAAAAUAUGUGAUAUUUAAGGUCCCUGCCACAGUGCCAGAAGGCAAAAAGAAGAACUGCUGGAAGCACGCAGAGGUGCUCUGCUCCAUCAACUCUCGCUCCCUCCUCUCCCCGAGCUAUUACCACAGCUUUGGAAUGACGGAAAACUACAUCAUUUUUCUUGAGCAGCCUUUCAAAAUGGAUAUUCUCAAGAUGGCGACGGCAUAUGUCCGGGGAGUGAGCUGGGCAUCCUGCCUGAACUUCCACAAGGAUGACAAGACUUACAUUCACAUCAUUGACCAGAGGACCAGGAAGCCUGUUGUGACCCAGUUUUACACGGGCCCCAUGGUAGUCUUCCAUCAUGUGAAUGCCUACGAAGAGGACGGCUGCGUUGUGUUUGACGUCGUGGCCUAUGAGGACAGCAGCCUUUACGAUUUCUUCUACUUAGACAACCUGACCCAGAACUUCAAGGACAACACCAAGCCCACCUCCAUCCCUAUUCUCAAGAGGUUCGCUGUGCCCCUGCAUGUGGACAAGGAUGCAGAAAAGGGCUCCAAUUUAAUAAAACUGGCUUCUACAACAGCGAAAGCCCUGAAGGAAGAAGGUGACCAGGUCUACUGCCAGCCGGAGGUGCUCCGUGAAGGCUUAGAGAUGCCUCAGAUCAAUUAUGCUUACAACGGGAAGCCAUACAGAUAUGUCUUUGCUACUGAAGUUCAGUGGAAUCCCAUCCCAACCAAGAUACUCAAAUAUGACCUUCUUACAAAGUCGUACGUGGAAUGGGGAGAGGAACACUGCUGGCCAGGGGAACCUGUAUUCGUAGCCAAGCCAGACGCGGAGGCUGAGGACGAUGGAAUUAUCUUAUCAGUGGUUCUCUCUACCACUCCCCAAAAGCAUCCUUUUCUGCUUAUUCUGGAUGCCAAAAGUUUUACAGAAUUGGCUCGCGCAUCCUUUGAUGUAGAAAUGUACAUGGACCUCCAUGGGUUAUUCAUCCCGGCCCCAGAUUGGGAAGCAGAGUUGGAGUGUCCUCCCAUGGAAGCUUCACUUGACUAUGCGGCCUCAAUGUCCUGACAAGGUAGAGGCUGGGUCUGGAAGAACAGCACUACUAGCAGGCCCCCACCAGCCCAAGGCCUUGGAACAAGAGCUUCCGUUUCACUUUGCACUUACUCUGUCCAUGGUGGCUUUGAGAAAAAACUGUGGAGAUUGAACUUCUACGGAGAAGUUAUACUGAUCAUCUUCUUGUACUGAUCAUCAAAACCUUCUUUGAAAGUUCAUCGGUUGUUUAUUCAUCAGCUCUAGCACUCUAGGAAAGCUUGCUUUAUCAGAAAGACUGUAACCAUGAUUCAAAAAACUGCACUGUAUCACGUAAACUCUUCUUAGAACAAAAAUCAUGGACUUAUUAGAGAAAUAGCUGAGUAUUUCUCAUCGCUUUUUCUCCCUGCCCUUCUCUUCCUGGCCUCACUCUCUUUUUUCCAGUCACCUAACUUGUGUGUCCAGCAGUUCUGGCUUUCUCAACCAUGCCGUUUUGGUAAAUCGUGUGGCCAGGGAGGCAUGUUGCUUUGUGGUCAAUCUGUGAAAGGUAUGGCAUAAUAUAAAAUAAUAAAAACUUGAAAGUCUAUUCAGACCUUA